UCAACCGCAGCAGCAGCAACAAGUGUGCUCCUCAGCACCGUAGAGUCAAGUUCGGCAUCGACUGCAAGUCUCAGCGCCCGUGCUUUUUUUUUUUUUAACGACAUGGCUGGUACAGUUAAUGGAGGAGGAGACAGAGAUGCAGCAGAUCCUGAGAAGCUUCUGUACACUGAUCUCAUUGACAACCGCAGUGUAUAUGGAUUUGACCACUGUGACCGCCUCUUAGAUGCACUGGAUGCUCAGCUUGGUCAGUUGCAGGUCCUGCCCCAAAAAUGUGAGCUUGAUUGCAAUAGUGCAGUGCUUCUUGGUUGGAAUCAGUCUCUGAGCAAAGAUACAGGCCUUGGAAGUACAACUGAACAAAAUGACACCCCCAUGUCUUGUCUAAAUGUGAUACACACUUCAACAGUGGAGCAAACAUAUGAGAAUACCGAGGGCUGCUGGAAAGAUCCUGUAAGUGAUGAAGAAAGUGAAAAGAGGUUUGACAGAAGAAGAAGAGACAAACAGGAGAUCGAGUCUUGUAGGGAGCAGGUCAUCUGGAGGCUUGAGAGGCUGCUUGGAGACACCUGCAGGGAUGGACAACUGGCCGAAGAAACACACCCUCCUUCAGACAGUAUCUGCACUGAGGACUUUGUUACACGCUUCAGAGAGGAGAUGGUAGAACUGACUUUACCAGACAGCUGUGUGCAAAUGUUAGAUAGAGAAGAAGAGAGUGAGGGGACAAAUAUCUCUGACAGCAACAUUUGCCAAAGUAAACAUGAGCAAAAUGUUUCUAAUAUUCAGAGAAGAGAAUCAGAAACAACUGGGGAAAGUAGUGACGACACACUUACUGCUCAGCAUUCCCAGUCAAACCAGCCAGGUCAAAAAAAGAAGAACUGUGUUUCUCACAGAACAAAUGGAGCAAAUAUAUUGCAGGCUAGUGAGAAAGCAGGAGCUGGAGAGAGAUACAAAUCACCACAGAGGCUUGGAGAUGACAGCAGUGUCUCCCGCAGAACAGAGGUUUUAACAGACCUUGAAAAUGUCAACAACAGCUGUUCUCCUAAAGCCAGGUGCUUGGCAGGGGUACCUGUGUUGAGCUUUGACGCCGUGUCCAUUGACAGCGACCUUGACACAGUCUGCACUGAGCAAGUCAGGCAGCACAUGCACAAGUGGCCCGGGUGGCGUACUCUUAUUCAGUCCGUAAUGGACAUGAAUGACCAGUGUAGCAACCAGACUGACUGUGACACAACCACACAAGAAGAAAGUGAACCUCAGUCUGGGUCCAUCCAGAGAUCCUCUUAUGGACAUGUAUGUAGCAGAAGUCCUUCUGUUCGUAACACUCAGCGUAACAGGAGAGCAACAUACAGAACUGUGAGUCAUUUAAGUGACACAGAUGAAGAAAUAAACAGCUGGAGCAGGAAGUCCAGGCCUGAGAGGACACUAGAGACAAUGCAAUCUGAAUGGGUGAAGAUGAAGGGCCGAUUGUCUAACCUCCGAAAAAAAUGUGAGAAAGAGGAGGAGACAUUAAGGCUGAAGAAGGCUCAGGCAAAAGAUGUUGAGCGCUGCCUCUCUGAACUUAGGCAGAAAAGGAAGCAUGCCUUGCAGGAGUUAGAGCGACUGGCUGUGGAGACAGCACAGAUGGAGGAGGAGAAGAGGACUAUGGAGUCUGUUCAGAGAGACAGCAAAGCAGAGAGGAAGUCUGUUGGUGGUGGGCCGCUACAGAAGAUGAGGCAGAAAGAAUCCUGUCUUCUCCAGGGUAGAGAUGCCCAAGAAGAUUUUGCAACUCAGGAUGAGUCCUGCUUGAAACCACAGAACAGUGUCAAGAUGUCAGUGAUGGAGAGGGAAGAACUGGAAAGACAGCUGGAUGGUGCCAAAACACAGUUGUUUGCUGAGCAACGAUGUGCAAGAGAAAAGCUAGAGUCCAUGCAAGAGAAAUUAGAGGAGACUUAUGAAGAGCUCCAAAGGGCCUCAGAAGCAGAGGUCUCACUGAGGAACAGAUGUGCUUGUUUGGAAGAAAAACAGAUGCAGAAAACAGGGCAGAUUGAGGCACUUGAGGUUCAAGUGAGUGGGCUGCAGGGUGAGCUAGGAGAACAUAAGAUCAGAGUGGGUACUAUGGAGAAAAUGUUGGCUCGGAAAGAGCUGCAGCUGCUAGAUUUACAGGAGCAAUGUGGUGCCUUACAAGCAGAAAGAGAUGGACUGAAGGUGGAGCAACAGCACUUGAAAAUGCAGCACCACAAAGCCCUGAAGGAAGUUGAGGAGCAGGCCCACAGAAUAAUGCUAAAAGAAGAAGAAGUCAUUAAGCUCAAGAAAUCUCUGCAACAGCAGAAGGAGGAGGUAAAGAAACGUGAAGAGGAGUUGCAUGUAGAAGCCUUGGAAAAGUUGCACAAAGCUGUAGAGGAGGAGAGGAGGAAGUGGGAGGCAGAAAAAAUGGGAGCUCUGCAGGUGCACUGUGGGAUACUGGAAGAGCAAAAUAAAAAAGUCCUGGAAAACCUGAGGAGUGAAAUGCAGGCAGACAAGAGUAAAGCACUGGCUCUUCAACAUCAGGUUAUGCAACUAAAAACAAAAAUACAGGAGUUGGAGAGGGAACAUUGUGCACAGCAGAGAGACCAGGAGUCCUUGUUGGCUGCAAUUUGCAAGUCACUGAAAGAGGAACACCAGGCCGAGCUGCAGAGAUCACGACGACAGAUGGCAGAGCAGAAUCAGAGGACAGCACUGCGGCUUGAGAAGGACGUCCAACUGGCAGUUAAAGAAGCAGACAGGCUCCGGGUAAUGCUAGAACAAAGGGAGAGCAGCCAUAACCAAAUCACAGCUGAGAUGGAGCAGCAACUGAGACACUGGACCCAGCAGCUGGCAGCAGAGUGCCAGCAUCUGCACCUCUUAGUGGAACAAAGUGGAGCCAAACAAAGUCCUGGAAAACUACCCCCCAGUGUCACAGUAGCCGAGGCUCUUACAAACCUAAAAACACUACGAGAGCAACUCAAGGACUUUAUUAGCUAUCUGCACCAAGAGCUGGAUUCUCAGAAACAAACCAACAAGCAGCUCAGAAAAGAAAAGGAGCGAGAACUGAGCAUUCAGAGGCAACAGCUGAGGCUGGAGAGAGAUCAAGUUUUGAAUUCUGUAAAAGAACGUCUCAUUCAGGAACACAUUGAGGAGUUGAGCAGCUUAAAAUGGGUUCAUAUGAGUGAUGGAGGAGGAGUGGCAGCGUGUCUCCGCAAGCAGCUGAAGGCAAAAGACUCGGAGCUCAGGCAGGUUCAGAGGAGCAUGGCUGAAUGGAAAGGACAGACCGCAGCUCGCCUGGCACGCAAGUUUGAAGAAGAGCUGACAGCUGAGCUGGAAAGAAAAGCACCAAGAGCGCAAGAGGAGAGGCAGAGAAAGCCUGAGGGGCCUGAAGAAGAAAUGAUCCUUGGUGCAACGGCACCCCAGAAAUCUUUUAACUCUCCCUACCUCCAAGCUGUGAGCUCCCCCUGCAGCCCCUCAGACAUGGCUUCUUUUAAGCUAAUACGACACCUCCAGAACAAAGUGAAGCAGCUCCGUGCAGAAAAUCAGGCCUACACGCAGAGCUCACCUCCUCCCGAUUUAUCAGGAUCCUAUCUUGGAAUAAUCCCUCAGGGUCAAGACACAGCUGGGAGUUUAAGCAACACAAAACCACUCAGUGUAUGACUGAAUGCACACCAGUGAUAUUUUGUGGCCACAGAUAAGAAUCAUUCACUGCUUAAGAUGGUUGAUUACUAAGCAGGUCACGGUGACAAAUGGAACAACUGAAGAUGUGGUCAUCACAUUCCUCUGUACUAAGGCAGUCAGAUUUUAUAGCUUGCAGUGAGCUGUAAAUGAUGAGCUGACAUUUCUCUGAAGACUGGGGAUCAUGUGAGUUACUGUAUAUCAAAUAACCUCAUAAAGCUGGUAGGGCUUUAAGGCAGUUCCUGCUAAAUGUAUUUUUUUUUUUUCAACAAAGCAUUUUGUAAGUUU